AUGAAUCGCCCUCCAGUUUACAAUUUCUUCUUUAUGGACACACCGUCACAUUUCUCCCACGGUGCUUGGAGGAUGCCCGACAACCGCAGCACCGAGUACAACACGCUCGAUCUUUGGGUCGGUGUAGCCAAGUUAGCAGAGGAAGCAAAAAUCGACGGCAUAUUUUUUGCGGACGUGCUCGGACUGUAUGAAACCCAAGGAAAGGACUGGGGAAAGAUGGUACGCCAUGCCGUGCAGUUCCCGGUCAGCGACCCAAUGAUGGUGCUGUCAGCGAUGGCGUACGCCACCAAGGAUGUGGGACUCAUGUGCACGAGAUCGGUCUUGCAAACACAUCCUUUCGAGUUCGCCCGUGCUGCUGCGACCUUUGACCAUCUAUCCAAUGGCCGUUUCGGAUGGAACAUUGUGUGCGGCGCUUCCAAGAACGGCGCGCGCUGCAUGGGUCUUCCAGACGUGAAAGACCAUGCUGCUCGGUAUGCUUGGGCCGAAGAGUUCGUGGACGUGACCUACAAGCUGUGGGAAGCGUCUUGGGACGAGGGAGCGGUGGUCAAGGAUGGUGAACAUCAGAUAUAUGCCGAUCCGAAAAGGGUUCACAAAAUCAACCACAAGAGCGAACGCUACAGCGUCGAGGGUCCGCUAGAUGUGGAACCUUCACCACAGCGAACACCGGUGAUAUUCCAGGCCGGAGGCUCAGGACCUGGCGUUACAUUUGCCGCAAAGCAUACAGAAGGGGCAUUUCUGAUCUCGGGGAAUCCUGAGGCGGCGAAAAGCAAGGUCGAAGGCAUGCUGGCAGAAGCACUGAAGGCUGGUCGACGUAAGGAGGACCUCCACUUCAUUGAAGGCAUCGCCAUCAUCACAGGCGCGACUGAUGAAGAGGCUCGUGCGAAAGAGGCGGACAUCGAGGCAAAUCUCAACGACGAAGCACAGAGUUUGAUGUAUCAGGGUGCAACCGGGAUCGACCUGUCUUCGUAUGACCCUGAAACACCCCUUGAAGACCUCCUCGAUACGGCGCCGGGCAUGAGAGGUGGGCUCAGGUUGGCCAUUGAUUCUGUCCAAGGCCGUAAGGCUGUGGUUAGAGACUUGAUCCGCGGCUCGACCAGGACCUACCGUGCGGUAGGUGGUCCCGAAACCAUUGUCAAGAGAAUCCAAGAAUUUCUGGAUGCCGGCAUCACGGGGUUCAAUCUUUUGCCCAUGACCGUGCCUGGGAGCGCAGAAGACUUUUGCAAGUAUGUGGCUCCGGAGUUGAAGAAGCGAGGAUUGAUGCAAUCCGAGUAUUGUCCUGGUACUUUACGCGAGAAGAUGUUCCCUGGAAGCGGACCUUACCUCAACGAGCGGCACCCUGGCUUCAAGUAUCGCAACUCGAUUCCAGAGGGCACAGAUGCUCCUAGUGACCAAGUCUUGUAG